AUACACUCGAUCGAAUUUUGUGUAGCAACAAGUGUCGGCAAAACAUUGCUUACAUUUUUUGUGUUGUAUUGUAACAUAUACGAGUAUUGUACCAUACAUAAUGACACUGCAGUUAAAAACCACGGUAUACAGAACGUUUGUAAGUUGUAGUUCUACAGGUACUGCAAUCGUGUACCCGGCCCUUGGUUCGCAUCUAGCCACAUCUGGGAUUAUGCUUUGUACGUCAACGCAGAUGAAAAAGCGUAUUUGAGGAUGGAAUUCCAGCAACUGGAAGCACUGACACGUCUCCAGCGCAUAUCGAUCACCGAAAUUGUUUUUGGAAUUUUGAACAUUGGCACAGCCAUUUGGUUGUUGAUAAAGAUUCCCAACGAGCACAUUUGGCCUGUCGUUGUACGGCUGCUAUUCGACAUCUUCUUGAUGGUCACCGGAUCCCUCGGUGUCCUGGUUGUUAAAAAGAGUCGGCAAGGAGCCCCAUCCCAGCGAUUAUUCUUUCUAGUCGGCGCAUUCAACAUUAUUCUCUGCAUCCUGUACAGCUGUGCCGUGGUAUUAUGCAUCGCCAUUGGUGUACUGUUUAUCUGGUCGCCGUACUACCUAAAGGUCGCAUUGGAUAAAGUGGCCGAAUGGCUGGGAACAUCGCCGGAAGGCCCACAUUCCUCCCAGCUGCCCGGCGGCACACCGACCACCGCGCAGAACGUCAACGUAAUCGUCUUUGUGGUGUUGGUGGUGCUGAUCUCGGUGAUUUGUAUAUUUGUACUGAUUUGCGCUAUACUGACCGCGGCGGCGGGGCGGAUUAGCCGGCGCAACGCCACCAUCCUGGAAGCGGAUCCGGUGACGAUUCCACCGCGCGGUCCUGCCAAAGAGACGAAUGUCAGAGUAUCCAACAAGCAGGGCUAUCGUUCGAUAAGCGAUAAAGAGUAUAAAGAGUAAUACAAUUGGUAUAACUUUACACACGCUCUCCUGCACUUUAUACUCACAAUCAGUUCCGUAGUUUCUGGGAUUUAUUAAAUUCGUUUUUUUUAUUAUUCGUAACUAAAGCGGAGAAAUGAUGCGAUACUUUGUAAUUACAGGAUAACGUAAAGGUUUUGUUGUUGUAAUUUUGUUAUGUUGCUGUAUAUGAUUAGUGCUAAAUCUGUUCACAAUUAGGACACCCGCGUAUUAACUGAUUACCUUGCAAUUAUCUGCAGAUAAGCUCUUAAAUACUCCAGCAAAUUAUGAGAAUU